CCGUGAUCUAGAGCUUUUUGGUUCUAGCUCGUUGGAUUCCUGGUAGAACUGAGAUCUAUAUUUUGAAUUCUCUUAUAUAUUGUGUUUGUACUAUAUAGCAUUCUGUCUUUUACUUGCAUUGCUUGCGCUAUCAGCUUGUUCGUUUGUUUUAUUUUGGUUUGGGGGUCUGAAUUUGCAGGUUACUAGCAGUUGUGCGACGCGACAGCUUCCGUUGGUUGGUUCCCCUGGCUGAUCACUUGCACCGAAUCACCAUUUCAUAGCCUGAAACCGACCGGGUAUGCACAGUUGAGGCUGCCGGUUGAAAGCUUGUGAUUAUCAGUGUCGCUGGUCAAUUUUGGGGUUCUACCAACGCCUGCCGUUGUCACCUUUGUGUUGGUGUCACCAUGAUUGGCUCAUGCGCAGUCCAGUUGUCCCUUCGGGCGAGCCGGCAGGGAUCUCAAGUGCUGUUCAAGAACGCACGUCUUUCUGUUCGGUCAAAUGUGUUCAAGACUGAAGCACUUCAGAGGGAUGGAUUCCGGUGUAUAUCUACAUCGGUCCAGUCGACAUUAAACCGAGUACCAACCGGAGGAUUGAAACCUCGUUGUCUGCAGACCAGUCUGAUCCCACCAUCAUUCUUCACCCAGCAAAGAUGGUCCGGGUCAAAAUCGCCGGAAAACAAAACCCCCGAACAACCUGAGAAAAUCAAGAAAACCCCUAUUCUAUCUCGGAUUCCCCUGCCAACUUCUCACGAGAAUAUCUACACCGUGCCCAACAUUCUCACAUUCUCCCGGCUACUCGCCGCCCCCGUGGUCGGGUAUCUCCUAGUCCAUAACUACCACACAGCAGCGCUAUCCCUGUUCGCCUACGCCGGCAUCACUGACCUCGUAGAUGGCUACAUCGCCCGGCGGUACAACCUCCAAACCGUGGUUGGAACCAUCAUCGAUCCCAUGGCCGACAAGCUGUUGAUGACCAUCGGUGUCGCGUGUCUAGCCGUGAAUGGCUCUCUUCCUGUCUGGCUCGCUGUGAUCAUCCUCGGUCGCGAUGUCGGUCUGGCUAUCUCGGCUAUCUACUACCGUUGGAUUUCGCUGCCUGAGCCUAAGACUAUGGCCCGGUACUGGGACUUCUCGCUUCCGUCAGCGGAAGUCAAACCCACUGAGAUCUCGAAGGUCAAUACUGCUCUGCAGUUGGUGUUGGUGGGUAGUGCGAUUGCGCUGCCUGUGGUCCCUGAGGCGUUUGUCAGUGCCUGGCAUUUGAGUGAGGCUAUGACUGGAUUCCAGUACCUUGUUGCCGGCACCACUCUCUGGUCUGGACUCAGCUAUGUCUUUUCCAACAAUGCCGUGAAAAUCCUCUCAAAGGAAGAGAUCCAGAAGCGAAUCGCCGAAGCAGCUGCUAAGCGCAAGUAGCGAAUCAGAAAUAACUAGCCAGAGUUAGAAGUUUUAUUGUAUAUUAUUCCAAUGUUGGAUCUUCGC